AUCCUGACGAGUCUUGUCUUGGAUGAGCCCGCCAAGAAGCGACGCGCGCUCAUGUGUAGCGUGUAGUCUGACUUACGGUUUCGUAUCCAAAUAUUAUCUCAUAUAUUAUUUUCGAAUACGCGUUAUGUUGCCGAAACUUGCGCUGUUGGGAUAAGAAUUCAAUUUGACAUUAGUGUUUUCGUGUUUUGACACGCGACUUCAAGAACAAUUUCAUCCUCACUCUCUCAUCAUGAACAUCAAAUCGAAAGACGAGAUUCGAGAUAUAAUUGCAAAGGAUUUUCUAAGCAUCCACAAUCGUAGCGUGGAACUACGAAAGCGUCUUGACGAGAAUUUCGAGGACAGUGUGACUUAUCUUCGAGCAUUGGUUUCUCAAUUGUCACAACAUUCAUCCGGCCCGCUUGUCGUGAAGACUCCGAAGAUAGUGCGGAAGAAAGCGGUUCAACGUAUCGAAACUAUACCAGAAAAUGAGGUAUUUCAACGAGAAGAUAUUUCCUCAGUGGAUUCUCUUCAAUCUCUUAAUGAGCAGAAGCAAGAAGCGAACGAGGAGAUGGUAGGUGGUAGGGUAAAGAGAAGUGCAUCCAAGAAAGCAGCAGAUAAUAUCAAAAAACAAUACUCUAUCACUUUGUCUGGAAAACUGAGACAGCCAUCUGAUGAAAAUGAAAAUGAGAAUGUCAUUACAAAAAAGAUAAAAAGGGAAAGUCAGAUCAAGAGAAAAAAGUCUGCGACAAGUAGUUCUGAUGAAGAGGAUACUAAGAGUGGUUCUAAAUAUAGUAAGAUAGAUGAGAAUCAAAUGGAAAUAAAAAGAUCUACGAGAAGAACAACAAAGAAAAAAUUUGAACAAAUUGAUGAACAACAACCUGUUGUAGUUCUUACAAAAACUAAACAAGUUGAAAAAAUUAAGAAAAGGGAUAUUUCUGAAUCGCCAAAAUCAAUACGUUCUAGUAGAUCAAGCUCUAAAAAAUCUCAAAAAGAAGCAAAUGAAGUUAAUGAUGUGAUGUCAAAUAUUGAUGACGUUGAAGAACCAUCUAUGUACGAGGAUGCAAUUGGAAAACCUAUUCCAAUCAUGAAUUCAACUAUGAAAUCUAGUUCUGCUCUGUCUGGAAAAAUAUUUGAUGCUACAGUGGUAUUGGGACGUGUGUCCCAGAAGAAAUUAAAUGAAACAGUGGUAAUACAAAAAGCACCAAGUAAAAAGAAUGGACAAUCAAACAAAAGAACAAGUGUGAGGAAUAACUUGCAAUCAAAUGAACAAACUAUACAAUAUAACAAUUAUGAUGAAUUAAUCACAGAUGAUGAAUCAUCACCUGAAGAAAAGCAAAAGAAGCAGAAUAUUAAGAACGAAAAAACACGCGCGAUCUCGAUGUCUAGCGAGGACGAAAUUCCUAAUACACCAAUGGAAACGCGUAUUAAAGACAUGAUUGCAUCCACAGCCACACACGAAGCUAAAAUUACAUAUAAAUCGAACGCAUUAUUCAGUCCUUAUGCAAAAGAGUCUGUAAAGAAACGAGUUGAAGCUUUUGAGCAAGCAGUGAUGUAUAGUCCCAAGUCAGUUGAUGUAGACAUUCCGGUUAGAGUAACUAGAACGAAAACUCGUGCAAUGAUUGCUACUGGAAUAGAUACGAAUAAUUCAGAGAAAAAUGUUGCGCAAAUAUUAGCUCGUAAGUCGCUUGCAAAAGCAAAGAGGAUUUCAUUAGCAAAACAAAAGAAAGGCAAUGAAGAAUUUAAAGAGAAUAAGGAGCAAAUGCCAGAACGAAUUGCCAAAUUAUUGCUAAAUGAUAAAUCAAAUAUAAAGCAAACUCAAUUACAAAAAGUGACACCUUUGAGCAAAAUAAGAAUGAUCCAGCCUUCAACAUCUGUGAAUCGUAUUCACACUCCUUCGCAUGCUCAAAAUCUUUUGAAUUAUCCGAAAGCAUUAACCGCUUCUCGUUCGAAUAUCGUUAGUAACAUAGAUUCCUUUAUUCAACCUCCAAAAAGUAUCAGUAAAGCCACAUCAGUGGAGAAAUUAGAAGAUAAGAGACGGCACGAGGAAGAUGUGAAAAAGAAGAGAGAAGAAGCCUUGAGACUACAAACAGAAGAAAAGAAAAGAAAACGACAGGAAAAAGAACUCAAAAAUAAAUUAGCAAGAGAAGCUAAGGAGAAGCAAGAACUGGUGAAACGGCAAAAAGCUGAGAGAGAAAGAGAAGAAAAGGCAAGAUUAGCCCUUCUAAUGCAAGAAAAGCAGCGCGAAGAAUUGGAAAAGAAGCGUCUUGCUCAAUUGCAGCGAGCGCAAGAGAAGGAAGAACGUCGCAAACUAGAAGAGCAACAGAGAUUGCAGAAAUUGCAAGAGCAAGAGGAAACGGAACGUUUGCUUGCUGAGCAAAAACGUCGGGAACAAGAAGCUGAGAAACGUAAGGAAAUGGAAGCAAGAACCCAAGCUGCUGAGGCACUAAAACAGAAAAAUCAGAUGCUUGCUGCUCAAGCUAAAUAUAAACAAGCUAAAAAUCAAGGUGUGACAAAUUAUGUGUUGGAUAGCGAUCCAGAUGAUGAUGAUUCGGAUGAUGAAAGUAGACCGAAACACGAGAUACCGUAUUGGGCGCAGCCACAUGUUCGUAAAGCGCAACUUGGGUUGCAACGAUACAUUGCGCAGGAAUUUGUUUUCAAGUUAUUCGAUACUCGUAAGUGUACACCAAAUUUAGCUGAAUUAUUUACUGGUAUAGAUAGAACACGAUUGGAACGUACAUCAAGUGCAAUCUGGAAAACACCGCCGCGUUAUUCCAUGAUGAAAAACAGAUUAGAGUCGUAAUUAAAUCUAAUGUUACACUUACAAAUUCUUAUAAGCACACAUAUAUAGCUAUUAUCAUAUGUAUGCAACAAACAAGUGAUGAUAUUUGAAUCAAUAAUUUGAAUAUCGCAUGCAUGCGAAAAACAUGAGGGCAAAUUGUUCAUUGUUAUAUCCUGAUGUUCAUAGUGUGACAAAAUGUAUGUAUUUUAUAAUUUGAUAAAUCAUAGUUUUCAUUUCUUAUUUAUAUACCAGUCAUUAUACAUAUUGUAUUCGAUAAGUAGAUUAAAGCCUGUAGUU